UCCAAAGACAAGAUGAAGUUAUCCAUUUGCGUUCUUAUUGCCAUCUUCGGCUGUGCCUAUGGCCAUGGAAAGGGUGGUGGUGGUGGUGGUGCCAUCAUUUUAGGAGGUGGAAGUGGUGGUGGAGGCUAUGGUGGAUAUGGUGAUGGUGGUUAUGGUGGAUACGGCAGUGGAGGUGGCGGUGGAGGUGGAUAUGGUGGCUACGGAGGUGGAAAUGGUGGUGGUGUCAUCCUUGUAGGAGGUGGAAGUGGAGGUGGAAGUGGAGGUGGAGGUGGAUAUGGAGGUUAUGGUGGUUAUGGAGGUGGAAAAGGAUACGGUGGAGGAAGCGGGUAUGGUGUUGUCGUCAGUGGAGGAUAUGGUGGAUACGGUGGUGGAAACGGCGGAGGAUAUGGUGGAUACGGUGGUGGAAACGGCGGAGGCUAUGUAAGCUAUGGCGGAGGAAACGGCGGAGGAUACGGAGGAUACGGUGGUGGAAACGGCGGAGGAUAUGGUGGAUACGGUGGUGGAAACGGCGGAGGCUAUGUAAGCUAUGGCGGAGGAUACGGCGGUGGAAAAGGAUACGGUGGUGGAUAUGGUGGAGGAAACGGUGGAUAUGGUGGAGGAAGCGGAUAUGGUGUACAACUCGUCAGUUUAGGUAACCUCGGAGGAGGAGGUGGAUAUGGUGGAUAUGGUGGUGGAAACGGAGGAGGAAACGGAGGAUAUGGUGGUGGAAAUGGAGGGUAUGUAAGCUAUGGCGGUUAUGGUGGUGGAAACGGAGGAGGAUAUGGUGGAUACGGUGGUGGAAACGGAUAUGGAUACGGAGGAUACGGAGGAGGAAACGGAGGAGGAAAUGGUGGAGGAUACGGAUAUGGGGGUUACGGCAAAAAAUCCUACUAAAGUAUGGACCGUUAUAAAAGACAUUGAUACCAUUUGUAUAUAGUUCCAAAUAAAUAUUUUUUUGCAUUGAAA